ACUUGCGCAGGCGCAGUAACAAGGAAGCGGAAGCGCGUCUAGCUGCAGCUCUCAGAAAGUACACUUCCGAUCUGGUGUUUCGGUGGAUUCGUACUUCAGGGCUGUGCUGGGCCUCGUCAUGAGCUGGCUUUCUGAAAAUGAUGACCCGUAUGUAGUUGAAGAGCCCAGCGACGAGGAACCAGCUUUGAGCAGUUCUGAAGAUGAAGUAGAAGUGCUUUUACAUGGCACUCCUGACCAGAAGCGAAAAUUUAUCAGAGAAUGUCUUACUGGUGAAAGUGAAUCAUCCAGUGAAGAUGAAUUUGAAAAAGAAAUGGAAGCUGAAUUAAAUUCCACCAUAAAAACAAUGGAAGAUAAAUUGUCAUCACCAGAAACAGGUUCUUCCUUAGGAACUGUGAAAACUUCAACGGUUCUGUCAAAGUAUUCUGAUGACAUAUACUCUGAUUCUGAUUCUGAGGAUGAAGAUACAGUAAUAUCACAGGUGAACAAGAAGAAAAAGCAGUGUCGGAUUCCAACAAAUGAUGAAUUAUUUUAUGAUCCUGAAAAAGACAACAGAGAUCAGGCCUGGGUGGAUGCACAAAGAAGAGGAUACCGUUGUUUUGGAAUGCAAUUCUGUCACCAACAACAGGCUGUUCCAAAUAGUGAUGCUGUCUUGAAUUGCCCCGCCUGCAUGACUACACUGUGCCUUGACUGCCAGAGGCAUGAAUAUUACAAAACUCAAUACAGAGCAAUGUUCGUGAUGAAUUGCUCUGUCAACAAAGAGGAGGUUCUAAGAUAUAAAGCCUCAGGGAAUCAGAAGAAAAGGCGGGGUCAUAAGAAAAUGAAGUCUGACAGUGAAGAUUCCACAGUUCAAGCAGAGAAUGAAGAAGUAUAUCAUCCAGUAAAAUGUACUGAGUGUUCAACUGAAGUAGCAGUUUUUGAUAAGGAUGAAAUCUUCCAUUUCUUCAACGUUUUAGCAAGUCAUACAUAAAAGCACAGUGGACAAUUUGCACACCUGCUACUAUAUAAAAUAUAAAUAAUAGAGUAUGUAAUCUUCUUGCUAGUUUGUACAUGUAAGAAAAUCUAAAAUUAUCAUCUGAGGGAACAUUUUUAAUCUUGAUAAGAAGUGGUUACUGUCAGGCCAGUUUGAUUGAAAGCUAAUUUGGGAGUCAUGGUGUUUAGGGAGUAGCUUUACGUUUAUUAGAGCUUUCUGGAAUAAACAUUUUCCUGAAUUACAGCA